AUGGGCGGUGGUGCACCAGCAGGAGGUGACUUCGACGCCCUCCUUACCGAAACUCAAAAUGCAGGAUGGAGGGGUCUCUUCAAGAAUGGUAGAGCCUUAAGUUUGGCUCUCUUCGCUUCUCUUGGAGGUGUAUUAUACGGUUACAAUCAAGGUGUAUUCGGUCAAGUUCAAGUCAUGUUCACUUUUAAACAACGAUAUCUCGCUUCUGAUAACAGCGAUAUUAGAGGCCUUUUGACCUCGAUCCUCGAACUGGGAGCUUUCUUCGGAUCGCUCAUGGCUGGACCUCUGGCCGAUAAAUAUUCUAGAAAAUACUCAAUUUCCGGAUGGUGUCUUGUCUUCAUGAUCGGUACUGCUGUUCAAACUGGUGCGAAUGAUAGCGUCGCCUGUAUCUAUGUCGGUCGAUUCAUCGGUGGUCUCGGUGUCGGUGCUCUUUCAAUGCUUGUACCCAUGUUCAACGCCGAGCUUGCCCCUCCAGGUAUUCGAGGUUCUCUAGUUGCUUUACAACAACUCGCUAUCACUUUCGGUAUCUUAAUCUCCUACUGGAUCGGAUACGGUACCAACUACAUUGGUGGUACCGGAGCCGGUCAAAAGGAUGCUGCUUGGAGAGUACCUCUCGGUAUUCAGCUUGUUCCCGCUGCUGUCCUUCUCGUGGGAGCUAUCUUCUUGCCCUUCUCUCCCAGAUGGCUCAUGCUCAAAGGUCGAGAGGAAGAAUGUCUCACCAACCUCGCCAUGCUCCGACACGCUCCUGCUGAAUCACCCGAGGUCCAAUACGAAUUCCGAGCUCUUCAAGCCGAACGAUUGGUCGAACAAGAAGCUGCCAAAGAGCGAUACGGUGCUAAUGAUGUCACCUUCCGAGUCACCCUUGCCGAAUACAAGAGAUUGCUUACCACUAAACCUCUUCUUCAUCGAUUGAUGCUUGGUGCCGGUGCUCAAGCGCUUCAACAAUGGACUGGUAUCAACGCUAUCAUCUACUACGCUCCUACCAUCUUCGAAUCUAUUGGUUUGACUGGUAACACCAUUGGUCUUCUCGCUACUGGUGUAGUCGGUAUCGUCAACUUUGUAUUCACCAUCCCUGCUGUGUUGUUCGUCGACAACUUCGGUCGAAAACCCAUUCUCGCUUGGGGUUCAGCCAACAUGGCCAUCUCUCACGCCACGGUCGCUGCCAUCUUUGCUGUCUACGGUCCCGAUUACGCCAACAAGCGAGCUGGUAACGCUGCUGUCUUUAUGAUUUACUGGUACAUUGCCAACUUCGCUGUCACCUGGGGUCCAUUGGCUUGGGUCGUUUCCGCCGAAGUGUUCCCUCUCGAAAUGAGAGCCAAGGGUAUGAGUAUCUCUUCUGCCAUCAACUGGAUCAUGAACUUUACCGUUGCCACGGUUACUCCUCACAUGCUGUCUUCCAUCUCCUGGAAGACCUACAUCGUCUUCAUGUGUUUCUGUAUCGUCGGUUUCCUCUAUGCCGUAUUCGUCCUACCUGAACUUAAAGGUCUCUCUCUCGAGGAAGUCGACCGAAUCUUCCAUGAUGAUACCGGUGCUGAAGACAGAGCAAGAAGAGAGAGAGUCGCCAAGCAAAUCGGUCUUGACAAGGUCGCUCAGGAUAUCCAACACAAGGAGAAAUCUCAACCUGGUCCAGAUAUGGCUUAA